UCCUCGGUGAAUCUGUUGGUUCUAAAAGGAUUAUUAAUUAUGUAUAAUUCGUGAAUAUUUAGCAUGAUAGCGCGCGUUGAUUUUAUAAAUCGUGCAAGUGGAGUUCUCUUCCCAAGCAUUGAAAUCACCGAGGCGAAUUCGAGCAUUCGCUUCUCCGUAAACAGAAAACGAUACAAUUUCAAAACGAAAGACCAGUUAGGAAAUUUUCGUACACUCCGCGAUUGAUGGAGGCAUUUUUUCACAGCUGGUCUCUUUAAUAAUUAAUGUGUUAAUAGAAAAGGAAACUGGUGUACCUUGCUCUUGCGUCAUGCGCUUAAUAACACCUAAUUACUGAAAAUGGAUUUAUGAAGUUACAAAGAUUAUACGUAACAAUUAUUCAAAUUAGUUACGAGGAAAUAAAGAUCACGUAUCAAGUGGAAUUGGAAUGAAAACAUUUAUUUCGUCAAAUAAAUGCACUAUCCGUGUAUAUUUAGAUGUUGAUGAACAUGCAAUUCAUACUUGUUAUUGAUGCUUCAUUUCAAUAUUCUAAUGACAAACGACAACAAAACCUUGCAGUUAUAGAUGAACAUCGAGCCACUGAAUAUCGGCGUUACUUUGUACCUGAGUCGAGGAAGCCACACGUAUUAACGAGAUGCAUAAACACGGUUAUUCCGAAGAAUCGCUCGCUAAUGUCACCUCCGCAAUAAUAGUCCUGGAAAUGGAGGAACAGUGAACCAUGUGGUAAGAGAAUAUGUUAACUGUACCAUGAAUCACUGCUCGACCAUUUCCGGUUCACAACACGUUCCUGGAUACUCAUGAACUUUGCCUCUGACGCCAAUUCCGAAGAAGGAAGUAUCUGCUUUAUGCAGUUUGCGAGGAAAUGGUUCAAUUGGAAGGCUUUUAUUUCAAUGAUGCGUCCCUGACAAAAGACACACGUUUAUACAUACAUAUAAAACACCAAAUUAACGUUGUUAACGCACUUAGGAUUAUCCUGAAACCGGAUUUAGGAUUCCAACGUGCUAAACACACAAUUUAUGAGUAUAAACGCGUUUAUGUGCGUCCUUUGAUGGUGACACUGAAAAAUCGUGAUCGGUCUCAGGUCGAAGGAGAAAGAACGGAAAGUUUUCAUAUGUAAAUUGCUCUUCUAUCCUUGAAUCGUAAACGAAGGGCAACAAGAAUCGUUGUCCUAUGCCAGAGCGUGUAGCAGAUUUUUCUCAAGAAAGCAUGGAUUUCUAAUGGAACGAGAUUAUUCACGUACCGAGAAAAUCAAAUAAACCAGGAAAAAAGUUAAGUGAGGAAAGGAAAAAAGAAAGAGCACGCGAUUGUGUAACGACUGUAUCGAACGGAAUGUAACACUUUCAAAAUCGCUAUCUUUACCUGAUUACAUCAACUCAUUGAAUAACACCGUCUUUCGGAAGAAAUUAGGUUCUUCCUGCCUGGACUGGAAUCUUUCACCGUGAAAUGUAUUAAUUCGCAACUUGAACAUGAAACCUGCUUCAUAAUGAAGCGUCUGAAUUUUUUAUAAUCAGUUGAAACGAUAGCAGUGGACAUCAAUUACGUUCAGGAAGCUGUAUAAUUCUCUGCGAUCCACGUUGGCUUCUUUCAACCAUUCUAUUUAGAAGAGUCAAGUGACUCUGAGCCAUCGAUGCUGCCUACAACGGAUCAUGUUUUGCAGAGUGAUUAGAUUGUGAUUAAUAUAAAAAUCGAACGACAUCCAUACACGUAAUUACAAACUAAUUCUACACAUUAUUCGAUUGACGUCAUUUGAAGGAUAUGAGACGACCUUGAUCAGUGCGCAAAGUCGCGCACUAUUUGCGGAUGACGUUGUAUUGUUUAAACAUUGUUGAACGAACGACUAUUGUUCACUUGAUAAAAUUCAAUUCUGAUGGCUGAAUUAUUCAAGUGGACAUUUUUAAGAGAAAUCACGGAGGAAUGGAAGUUUGUACGUUUUUAAUCGUUGAGGAAAUUGUAAAGUUCAAAGGCUCUGCCUAAAAUAUACCGUUUUUCAAUACGUUCGUCUCGAAGAGAAGACGAUGUCCUGGCGUCGUGUUAAUGCAUUAUUCACGACUCCUCAAUCAUUGUCAAAUCGAAUGUCAUUCAUGGGCCUUUUUUGCUUUGUAACGCGUCGUUUCAAUGACGUUUUAUACUACUUUUUACAUCACCUUAACGAAUACCCUUCGAAUUUUCAAUUAAUCUUGUAGCUGCAUGCUUUUGAAAAUUCUGUUCAAAAAUCUUGUUUCCAUUUUAGAUACAAUUGAAAUCAAUUGAGUGUUUUAAAUGAAAAGGACCGCGUUAGAAAAACAAAGUAGACUUUAGUCACUUUGUUAUUAAAAAUAUCUUAGUCUUGACGAUUUCCUCGGCUAUUGACACUGAACAAACCAGCCAGACAUUACAGGAUAUACGUUACUUCAUAGUAUUUACAUUCUGGCGUGCCAAUGUUUGCGAGCAAAGAAAGGAAGGUGUUACGGAAUAGCUAGCAUCAUUUAAAAACCUCGUUCGUUUUUGUCUGAACAUUUUAUUAUGCAUAAUUUUAUGUUACACUUGCUGCACAAGGAAAAAUUUUUUAAGUAAUUAUAUAUAUUUCGCGGGUAAAGUAAAAACGAGAAACAAUUCCAUCUAUUGGAACGCGCACAAAGCUGCUCCGGAUAGCCAGAAAUCAUGAAAGUAGAAGAGGUAUCUGGUUAAACCAUGCGAUAAGGACGGUUAUCAAGGAAUUUUAUCAGCAUAAAAUGUUUUAAAAAUUUUAAUAGUUUCUAUUUUUUUAAGUAUAUUGAUUUGUAGUAUACAUAUGUGUGUAUAUUUGAUCCCAAAAGAUGGCGCUUAUAGAAUUUCUUAAAUUGCUGAACCUUUCUUUUUGAACCCGGUUGUCCAAUGGCAAGUAUAGUACAUUUAAUUGUGAACUACAUUUCAUAUUUUUUUACAGAUGCGGAAGAUUCUUUAACCAAGUUGAACACUCAGCUGAAUAGAUCUAUGGUACUAAUGGAUACAACAGAGAAUGAAGUACGCCAACCAAAAAGUAAUAGAUCCAUAAAAAUUAAUACGAAGAUUAAUCCAGCUAAAUCUCCCAAAGUUUCUUCAGCAUCUAGAAAAAGUAUCUUGAAAAAGACUGAAAGGAAAAGUUCUAUUGAAACGGUACAAAAUGUAGAAAGUAACACAUUAAAUGGUUCUGAUCAUAGUAAAAUGUCAAUGGACACAACAGAAACACCUCCAAGACCACAUAAUAUUGAUGAGCUAGUAAAGGAAGAAGAUUUAAUUGUGGAAAGUACAGAUUCUACAUUUACCUUGGAUGACAUAUCUGACAGUGAGGACAUGUGGAUAAUGGAUAUUCCUCGAACAAUAGAUCCAAAGGAAUUGAAAAAUCAAACAUUGGUAUUUGGAGAGAAAUCAAAAUUCAAAAUUAGAGAAGAGCGAUAUUGUGCAGUGAAUAAUGAUGUUAAACACAGUAUAACUUGUGUAUUUAAUACUGACAAAGUAAAAUCACGAUACAAAACUGUUAAUAUAAAACCAGCAGGUGCAAUUACCAUUAGAAGGAAACUUUCAAGUGUUUCAAAAGUUAAGCCAAUGCAGAUAGAAAACUGUAGUGUACCAUUUCCUAAGAAUUUGAAAACCCGACAUCCAUUGUUUGGUGUCAGUUUUGAAGGUUAAUAUUAGUAAUUCACAAAAGAUUUGGAGUCAAUACAAGCUUAAAUUGUACAAAUUUUACAUGUGAUUGAUUUAAAUAAUUUUAAAGGUACAACAUCUAUGCUCGAUGAGAACGUACCUUAUUGUAUUCAACGUUAGGAAUAUUCGUCAUCAGUUGUUGGUACUCCUGUAAGAUCAGUCACCUACUAUUUCCGAGUGCGCGCUAAAUACAAAAUAGGAGAAAUUGUGAAUACAAAAAUUUGUAAUAUAACCUUUUAUCACUGUAAAAAUUUAUUUUAAAUACUUAACUUUUAUGGUAUUAAAAUACGGAUUCAUCGGAUUAAAUAAAAAA